AUGACCUCACCUGGCGACACACGGGUGAACACGCCGACAUCGAGGAAAUCCCUCGAGUACGACACAGACUCUGACGACGAGGACAAGAAGGACGAGGCAGUGGCGGGCGAUAAGCCUGCGGAGAUGAGCGAUUCGAGCGGCGAGUUGCACGACGAGCACGAACACGGCCAGCACGAGCUCGCUCCCCUACCCGAUAUCGGCGGCGGCGGCGGGGGCAGGAAGAAGACGGCGCGCACGUCGUCGUUCACCUCUGGCCACUCGGGACCGGGCCGGCUGCGUAGUCGGCCGCGCGCGUUCUCUGCUGGCGCCGGCACCGGCGCAGUGGUGACGCUGGGCGGCGAGCUGCCCACCACUGCACCCAUCUACCCUCCCAACGGGGCGAACCACGGUCUCGCAGGCCACUUCAAGGACGGGACCGCCGGUGGGCCGUUGGCCCUCACGGCCUCGCGCGUCAGUAACGUCUCCAACCACACGUUUGCCGAUGCCGCCUCGCUCGUCAACCUGCCUGGCCUGUCGCGCGUGGAAACGAGGACAGAACGCCGAGCGCGUGCACGUGCCGGAACGGUCACGACACUGGCCAGCCUUGCCCGCACCGUCAGUGCGUUCACGGAGGGUAUCGACGAAAAGGACGAAAAGGACGAGAGGGACAGUGUGGGCGAGGAGGCGCUCGUCGCGGUGCAGAUCCUGGACGACGGCGACGAGGUUGUGUACCCUGAUGGCGGAAUCGAGGCGUGGCUUGUGCUCUGCGGAGGCGUGUGUGCGGCCGUGUGCGCGUUCGGUCUUGCCGCCUCGGUCGGUGCGUUCCAGUCAUACUACAAGGACCACCUGUUGUCAGAUUUCACUUCGUCACAGAUUGCGUGGAUUGGGUCCGCCCAGGCGGCCAUCUGUUUCGCCUUGUGUCUCUUCACGGGCCCCCUGUUCGACCGGUAUGGCUGCCGAAAGCUGCUUGCGUCCGGUACAUUCUCCCUUGUGCUGGGCUUUUGCAUGCUCAGCCUGUGUACCAAGUACUACCAGAUCUUCCUGUGUCACGCGACUCUGAUCAGUCUGGGCAUGGAUUUGCUCUUCGUCGUGCCCAUGGGUGCGGUCGGGCAGUGGUUCUUCCUCAAGCGCGGCCUCGCAUUCGGCAUCCUCAUGAUGGGCUCGAGUGCCGGAGCAAUCAUCUGGCCCGUCAUCGUGGCCAACCUGCCCGAGAAAAUCGGCUUUGGGUGGACGUGCCGCCUCAUUGCGCUCCUCGUCGCCAUCCUCGGCACCGCGGCGACGUUUCUCAUCCGUACCCGCCUUCCCCCCAACCCACCAGGAUCCUUUUUCCACUUUGACGAGUUUAAAAACCCGGCCUACGCCUUCGUCGCGUUCAGCUUCCCCUGCUUUGUGUUUGGCUUUUUCAGCUUUUUGACAUUUAUCGGCACAUACGGCAAGCUCGUGGGGUUGGGCACGCUCGCACCGUAUCUCCUGAUGAUCACCAACGGCGCGUCGGGCUUUGGCCGCGUCUUUGCGGGCCUCAUGGCCGACAUGGUGGGCACCUUCAAUGUGGCGAUUAUCGGCCAGCUCGGCAUGGUGAUCCUCAUGUUUGCGUGGCUGGGCAUGAAGUCGGCGCCGGCGCUCAUCGCCCUCUGCGUCCUGUACGGCUUCCUCAGCGGCGCACCCGUGUCCCUCCAAGGUCCCAUGGUGACGGCGGCGGCCACGGACCCGCGUAUCGCCGGUACAUUGAUCGGACAGGCUCUCAUGGUGCAAUCCUUUGCCCAGCUCUGCGGCCCGCCCAUCUUUGGCGCCAUUGUUGGCGCUGGCAGUACCGAGGAACAGCUCAAGCGGUUCCCGCACGCGAUUGCCUUUGGAGCAAGUAUGCUCGCCUGCAGCAUGGGUCUCAUUAUUUGUGCGCGCGUGUACCGUACGCGCAAGCUGUUUGCGAUUGUCUAG